GAUUUCAUUUACUGCUGGGGUUUAAUUAUUUCACUUAACUCUCUAAUUUUGUGAUUAUUUCCUUUUUAAUUAAUAAUUUCUUUUAAAAUGUAGGCAAAGGUUAAAAAUUUGGUCGUCCUUCAAAAUUAAUUUGAUCCUUUUAAUGUAUGUGAAAAAAUAAAGAUGGGAGAUUAAGAUUACAGGAACAGCUAGUGAGAAUAAGAUAUUUUCAUAACAUUAUCUAGUACUUUCAUAAGGAAUUUCUAACAAUGGAUACUGAAAAGAAACCGUGGUAUAAUAUCAAGAAGGAUUUAUUGCCAGUGAAGGCUCAUUAUUUUUUCUUCUAUGGCGGAAUGGGUGGUACUGUUCCAUUCAUGCAAGUGGUGGCAAAGUCUCUAGGCAUCAGUGCGACAGCCGUUGGAGUCAUUUAUACAGUAUUACCAUUCUGUGUCUUUUUUUCGAAACCGCUGUUUGGAUAUCUUGCUGAUCAUUUUCAGAAUUUAAAAUUUAUUAUGCUUGUUCUCAUCGCCAUAACAACUGGAGCUUUCAUGAGUGUCCUAGGUAUUCCAGUAAUAAAUAAUAUUCCAGAUGAUUGGCAAAAUGUUCAAGUCAAUUGCACAAAUAAUGUAGAUAAACUAAAUAUUGUUACAGGGGAUUACAAAGCUUCCUGUCUGAAGGAAUUGAAAACUAAUAUAACAUGUGAACUUAGAUAUUAUGCUUGUGAUACAAACAAAUCUAACAUCGAAAUACUCAGCGGUGUGCUAGAUUUCAGCCAACCGAUAACAUACAUAAAUGAAACUUCGACUCGGAUCACGUUUUGGCUAAACAAUAGCUCAGAUGUCUCUUGUGAGUGUAUUAUGAACAAUAAUGUUUCCAUGAAAAGCUCAUCAGAAAUGCGCUCUUGUUUACUGAAUGAAAGUGCUAAAUUUUCUGUAUACAGAACUUAUCAGUUUUGGGUUUUUAUGCUGUUAGCAGUUAUAGCUGGUACUGGUUGCGCUACUAUAUUUUGCUUGAGUGAUGCAGCCUGCUGUGAAGUUUUAGGUGAAGACAACAGUCUCUUCGGACGGCAAAGAUUAUGGGCUACUAUCAGUUGGGGUUUUGUCACGCUUCUUUCUGGGUAUUUGAAUGAUAUAGCAACUGCUCUAGCAAAUCAUUCAGAUUAUUCUCCUGGUUUUUAUGUAAUGCUUGUUUUUGUCAUUAUCGACGUAAUUAUAUUAAUGAAAAUUCGUCUAACUAAAGCUAGCUUCUCAAUGAACAUAUGCAAAGAUAUCAGUGAAAUCUUUUCAUCUUGUAAAACGAUUGUUUUUGCCACUGGUGUGUUCAUUGUCGGUGCCUUAACUGGACUCAUCUGGAAUUAUGAAUUAUGGUACCUGCAAGAUUUGGGAGCCCAUCAAAUUCUUCUAGGCUUAUCAGUUGCAGUUCAGUGCUUAGCUGCUGAAGUUCCUUUCUUUUUUUUUGCUGGCUGGUUCAUAAAGAAGCUCGGCCAUUUUUAUUGCCUAUCUAUUUCUUUUCUAGCUUUUGCCAUUAGAUUAGGUUUAUACAGUAUUCUAAAAAACCCGUGGUUGGUUUUACCUAUAGAGGUUCUACAUGGUCUGACUUAUGCAGUUUUCUAUGCAUCAAUGACAGGAUACGCCUCUGAAAAUGCUCCAUCUGGCACUGAAGCUACCAUGUUAGGAAUUCUAGGAGGAUUAUUUGAAGGUUUAGGACUUGCAUCAGGCAGUUUUCUGGGUGGAAUUGGAUUCGACAAAUUAGGAGGACGUAAAACAUUUCUCUCAGCUUCCAUCAUCAGUUUAAUUUGUGCACCGUCAUUUGCCAUUUCAUACCUUAUUAUAAAACUGUUAGGUCAAAGACAGAGCUGAAAUAUGUUUCAAAAGGUCAACUUCUAUCUCAAGUGGAUUCUUUCUCACCGUUAUUGUGAUGAUUCAUGCAUUGAACAUUUUGAAAGUGUUUGUAACUACUUUAAGAAACUUUGAAAAAUUGACGCUUUUAAAUUAACGGGAUUUUCUUAUUAAAUAAUAUUUUUGUAAAUUUUAUGUAAUUAAGAUUUGCUUGUCAUAACAAAAGAGGCUAAAAAAGCCUGAAAUAAAAAUUUGCUACGA